AACGAGAGAGAGAGAGAGAGAGAGAGAGAGAGAGAGCGCGCAGUGUCUGCUGUGAUGACCUUAAUUAUUCCCCGAGGAGCCAUCACCAUCAUCGUUUUUAUUUUAAUGGUCCGAGGUUCUCCGAAGAUCCACGCGCGCAGUCAGUGUGUAUAAGUAGUCGGAAGUUUAGUGCUCAGUGGAGCGAAAGAUCACGCGCGCUGGAUAGGAAAACGAAAACUCCCCUGACUUCGGCUUGCACUUGGCGUUUAUUUAUUUUUAUUUUUAUUUUUUAUUUUUAUGUAUGCCUACAAAGUUUAAUUUUUAUGAAUGUGUAUUUAAUCUGUUCCGGGCGUAUGGAUAGCAAGGUCAAAUACAGAAGGAAUUGUUUUAUAAAUAUGAACUUUCCAGGUUAAUCUGGGAUUGCGGACUCUACAAACUAGUUUGCUGUAAAAGCUGCGGUGUGAUUCAUUCGGAGAGUUGACAAUGAGAGCAAAACACUUGGACACAGUUUAAUAGGACUGCAUUGGAGUGCGACUUUCAGAACAAACGCAAAGGGACUGCUACAGCUCAUGACCCAAGAAGGAGUAAUAAUAUAAUACUUUAUACAUUACAUGUUGCCACUGACAAAAUGACUGUCAAGAUGGAGUUUGAAGAGUGUUUAAAGGACUCCCCCAGGUUCAGGGCAGCCAUUGAGGCAGUGGAGGGGGAUGUGAGUGAACUGGAGACACGCCUCGAAAAGUUGGUGAAGCAGUGUAAUGCCAUGCUGGAAGCAGGCCGAACAUAUUGCCAGAGCAGUAAGAGUUUUGUAAAUGGACUCCGGGAACUUGGAUGCCACCUUUCUGAUGAACCAACCAUGGGGGACUGUCUGGAAAAGUUCUCCAAGAAGCUGUCCAUCAUUCUCUUGGCUCAGGAGGAGCUCAUUGAAAACACACAGAAGACAGUGAAAAUGAAGCUGCAGAGUUUUGUGAAAGAUGAUGUGAAACGCUUUAAAGAUGCACGUAAGGAAUUUGAACGCAGCAGUGAGACUCUUGAGGCAGCUUUGGGGAGGAAUGCUCAAGCUCCACGGGGAAAACCACAUGAGGUUGAGGAAGCUAGUCAAGCCUUAACACAUGCUCGUAAAUCCUUCAGAUCAGGGACUCUGGACUAUGUACUGCAGAUUAAUGUUAUUGAGUCCAAGAAAAAGACUGAUCUACUGAUGGCGAUGCUCUCUCUGAUGGAAACACAAGCUGCGUUCUUUCAGCAGGGUCACCAGUCCCUCACAGAACUGGAGGAGUAUCGUAAGCAACUUGGCAAUGAGUACACACAGCUUGUUCUAAACUCUGCAAGAGAUAAGAGGGACAUGGAGCAGAGACAUGGUGACAUCAAGAAAAAGGAUGAGUCUUAUGAUGAGUCCAUCUUGGACUUCAGCCCAGAUGCAGCCAGUGGGAUCGCCAUUGAGGGCUACCUGUACAAGAGAGCCAGCAAUGCCUUCAAAACAUGGAGCAGGCGCUGGUUUUCCAUUCAAAAAAACCAACUGGUCUACCAAAAGAAAUUCAAAGAGCAGCCCACUGUAGUGGUAGAAGAUUUGCGCCUGUGUACUGUGAAACCCUGUGCUGAACAGGAGAGAAGGUUCUGCUUUGAGGUCGUCUCACCCUCCAAGAGCUGUCUAUUGCAGGCAGAUUCGGAGCGACAGCAGCAAGGCUGGAUGAGUGCUGUGCAGAACAGCAUUGCUUCAGCAUUUCAGGAUAGAAGAGAGGAAGCAUGCAGCCCUAGAGAGCGCUGCAGCUCCGUGUCAGCAGGCACUAUAAAUCUGUGUAUGGGAGAGCAAAAGGACUAUAAAGCCUUGGAGGAGGUGCAGGCUAUACCUGGGAACUGCCAAUGUUGUGAUUGUGGAGAACCAGGACCAGACUGGGCCUCCAUUAACCUAGGCAUAACACUGUGUAUCACCUGCUCUGGAAUACACAGGAGUCUGGGUGUCCAUUUCUCUAAAGUACGCUCUCUAACUCUGGACUCUUGGGAGCCUGAACUCAUAAAACUGAUGUGUGAAUUGGGGAAUACUGCGAUUAACCGGAUCUACGAGGCACGAAUUGAUGAGAUUACAAUAAAGAAACCACACCCUUCCAGUCCCAGGCAGGAUAAAGAGUCAUGGAUACGUUCUAAAUACGUGGAGAAAAAAUUCAUACACAAGCUUCCUGAAACAGGGCGUGGGACGCCACUGCGUCGCUCCAGUGCACGACGUCAUCGAGCAACAACGCAAGAAAAACUAAUCCAACGUCCUCCCAUUAAACCCAAACCAAAUAGAGCCACUCUGGCUAGGAACACAGGCCUGACCCCAACUGAAAUCAUGAACAGUAUUGGCUCUCAUAAAGAUGAGGAAGAAGUGGAGGACUUGAGUGGCCUUCAUCCGGGUGCCCUGCUCUACCGUUCUGCAGCACUUCAGCAUUUCCCCGUUAUGGCCGAUGCGUUAGCUCACGGAGCUGACGUUAACUGGGUUAAUGUGGCUGAGGAGAGCAAAACACCACUCAUACAGGCUGCGACCGUGAAUUCUCUGGCAGCUUGUGAGUUCUUGCUGCAGAAUGGUGCCAAUGUUAAUCAAGCCGACUCAAAUGGAAGAGGACCCUUACACCACGCUACUAUACUGGGACAUACAGGGGUGGUGUGUUUGUUCCUGAAGAGGGGAGCCGACUACAACAAAAAGGACAUCAAUCAAAAAGACCCGAUCACCAUAGCUGUAGAUAGUGCCAAUGCUGAUAUUGUUACACUCCUCCGAUUAACCAAGAUGAACAAGGAGAUGCGGGAGAUGGAAGGCGGUUUUGCCCAAUCAGGUGAUGAAACCUAUCAAGAUAUCUUUAGGGAUUUCUCCCAGAUGGCUUCCAACAACCCUGAGAAGCUGAAACGACGCAGUGCUGAUAUUAAAACCCCAUAACCACCAGGUGCACAACUGCACUGGUUUCUCUCACUAUCUCUAAUAUACAGACAUGAACUGAAGGAUUUAAUGUUACUUCAUAAGUGUGUCUUACUUUUUUGAAUUGUCAUCACCUGGCCGUGACACAGAGAAUUCAGUUAUGAACUUUGUAUACUAUGGUACGUUACUGAUCUUUGAACCUGAGGUCACUAAGGUAACUAGACCGUAGGGCCAGCUCAUUUCAGUUUAGCAGUGUUGCUGUGCUGCUGUAGUUAUAGCUUUCCUCUGUGAUCGCCAGUGUUCUCUUUAACUACAGUGGUAUCAGGACUUUGUAGAAGGACUCUGAGUGAAGACACUCGUUUUUUACAUUGUCAAAUCAAAUUUUUCUAAUCAUGUUAUAUUCCUUUUUUCAAAAUUGAAGUAAUGCAUCAAAUAAUAAAUGUUCGGGGAUUUUUGAAUCAGUUUAAUGGAUUGGAUUAAAUUUCACUCUAAACAGUUUGUUUGUCUUCUAGGGAAACACAGCUUCUUGACCAAACUGUGCAGUAGUCAUUGACAAACUUUUAAUUCACUGCAAGUAUUUUCAUUACCAAAAUGACAAUGUUGUGUUUCAUAAGCAAUGUUUUUUUCUGUCUUGUUUCUCUAAACAAAUUAUUUUGACAAGAACUUCCCAGAGAAAAAUAAACUUGCUUGCUUGUGUGCCUUCUUUUAA